UUUUCAAAGUGUUCUCUGGGUUUUACUGGAGUCAAUUGCUCGUUACAAUGUGAAUAUCCAUAGUUUUAUUGAUGAGAGAGAGAACCCAGAUACAAUGUACCAGGGAAGAGACCAUCGACCUUCCGCAAGUAAACUGGGGAACUUUCUCACUAACCAACAUGAGCGUGAUUCGACCCCGCGCCGACCAGAGGUGAAAGGCCGUGUGAUUUUGAGCGCGAUGCGCUACCCACACGGUCACGGAGGUCCCCUAAAAGUAUUUGAAAUAGCUUUUGAAAUUCUUACUUUUAGAAAAAUAUAAUUUAAAAGAAUACACAGUGAAUGACAACUGAAAUAUGAAAGAUAAUUGAAAAUAUUUAUGCUUAUCUACCUUGUGCGGUAAACAUUUUUUUAAUCUACUCGCUGAUAAGUCGGUUCACUUAUAAGUCGGUUGUAUAGUUUUUAGGUAAUAUUGGAGGGAAUUGCCAUUGACCCAUUUAUAAGUCGGUCCAACUUUUUUCAAGAAUCGGUUGACAAUUUCAAAUCAAUGCUCUAAUCUCUCUACCUGUGUUUCAAAUAAUAUUUUGAGAAGUGCGCCGAAAUUUGAUAUUUUAUCCCAACAAAUAAAUUUCAUAUCUAUAUACGUAUGUGUUUAUUUGUGUUCCAAUAAUGUUUUGGGAUGUGACAUCAAUAUUUCACUUUUUAUUCUCAGCAAAUUAAACAGUUACUGUUUUGUUUAUUUCGUCCAUGUUUUUUGUUGUUUUAAAGAUACAAGGCUAUACAUUACGCCAUCCAGAAAAAUACUAAUCUUUUUAGGACACCCCUACAAGUCGGACAUAGACUUUUGGACCAAAAUUGAACUUUCAAAAAUCCUACUUAUAGGCGAGUAUAUACGGCAGGGGUCGAAAUUAACUUUUUCUACCACAGGCUAAUUUUAGCCUGUGGGUAAAAAAUCCACAGGCUAAAAUGAAAACCUACAAGCUAAAAUGAAAAUAAUGAAGCAGUGCUCUUUUUAUAUGUAUAUUUUUUUCAAUCAAUGAUUUUCCCCAUCAUUACUGAGCCUAGUGGGUCAACAGGCAGCGUUUAGACAAAACAUUAAGUUACGUAAGUCAUAUGGUGCAAUGUCUAGGUCUCUUGAUUAUCGCACCUCUAACAGUCUAAUCCACGACUUGUUUACCGCAGGUCUAGAUCCUGUCUUCCAAUUUCAUGCCACAUCAGGGUUGUCACUAGUGAUUUUUUAAAGCGAAUACAGGAUUCAUGGUUUUAUAAGCAGCACGAUCACGAGUCCUAUGACUUUUUUGAUAAUUAUCUACGCAGUGAGAAAUGCACCCGUGUCGUCACUACAACCCGACCUCAACAUGACAAUAAAUUUAGAUAGGACAUUCUCAUGAUUCUGAUAAAAAUAACUACCGGAAGAUUUAAUUGGUAAAACAAAGACUCCGAUAUUUUUUGUAGAUAAAUGAAUAACAAAAACAUCAUACUUGGAAUUAUUCAAUUUAAUCACCCCUAUAGGUGAACAGGACUCGUGGUACAUGUCGAUAUGCGAUGUCCGAUCUCUAAAGCAUUUGUUUGACUCCGAAUUUCUUAAAAAAUCAUAAAAGGAAAAUCCGGAUAAAAACAGUUAUUGAAAUCGGUCGUUCAUGUAAGCGUUUGUAUCAUUCAGAGUGCAAGUUUGAGAAAAGCGAAUAGCGCAUCACCGUAUAAAACGGAUACGAUACGAUCAUAGUUUGUAAAUCACCACUCGCUAAGAUUUUCGAAUGUCCAUUAUUUUUACUCGCUAUUUUUCAAAUGUACUCGCAUUUUGCGAGUAUUUCUCGCUAAUUUAGAGCCCUGUAUACGGGUAUGUAAUUAUCAAGGUACAAGCAGUUUAAUGACGAUAAAUGUCAGUACAUAUGAAUCAUAUAGUUGUAGAAUAAUGGGAAGAACUAAGUAUAAAAACGAAAUAAGAUACAGAAGCGCAUGUAGUAUGGAUCCAGAAAAUCUUCUAGAAUACUUUACAAAUAUUAUUCAAAAUUAUGUCUCACAGCUUUAGACACAUUUAAUAACCCAGGCAAUGGGUCGGAUAAAUAUGAGAUACCGUACCUAUACCGGAUUCAUAAACUUCUUAAAACCCUUACAAAGAUACACUGCUGGAUACAGUAAAUGUUCUACAAAGCCCGUAUCUUUGCUCCUCACGAAAAUAUUAACAGCUGUGAAGGAGAAACUUCAAACGUGCUGUGCAACUACACAUGCCAGAGUGAUGUAAACUAAAUGUGGAUUCUAAAGAAUUUAAGGAACUUUAGUAAAUUUGAAAUCGCACAACUUUUCAAUCAGUGUUCAUUACCUCUAUCUGUUCGUGAUAUUAAUAAUACUAUAAUGAUAAAUUCUGAGUCACGAGACGAAAAGCCCCAGGUCAGCUGCAGUGUAGUAAAGGAGCACAACAUAUGUCAAUGGUAACUCCAACAAUGUGUUUUUCGACGACUGAUGUCAAUACUUUAGUUCUACUUUUAUUGAAAAAACACCCUUUUUAAUAACCUAGUAUUAAAUCAUCGUGUAAAAUGGUUGUGUAAAGUAUCGAGCAGUUGAACGGUUUGAUUCUUUUGAUUGUUGAAAGGUUUUUUGAUUUCUAAUAAUUUAGAAAUUGAAUCACAUCAUUUCUAUAUCGAUUGAUUAAAACACUCCACAAUUGAUUUGCAUUGUUUUUAUCAUAUUACCAUCUAUGUUUUAGAUAAGUAGAUGUAUUAAGGCAAUAGGUCUAUUCUUAUUUUCAUUUUGUAGCUCUAACAAAGUAAGACGCACAACUACGUAUUUUUCAGAAGUAAUACUUUAAGAUAUUCCUACACUAUUUUGGUUUUAUAGACGUAAGAAUAUCUAAUGAUAGUCUCAACAUUGGUCCUAAGAUACCUCAACAGAGAUAUCUUACAUACACAGGUAAUGUCAAAGGUGUCUACCUGUAGACUUACGUACUUGUAACACAUUUCUGAAACGUCCUUACGGCACGUGCACAUUAAAUGAAAAGUUGUUAUUGCAUUGAGUACAGCACUUUUAACAACAGAAAUACAAUUUCGUGGAUCGUAUAUGUAUGUCCUUAAAUUAAGGAAAUAAUUGGUUAUCAAGGAGAUAUGUGUGUAUCACUUUUACUGACAUUCUACAUACUAGGAUGGAAUAAAAUGGCGUUUCCAUGCAGCAUUACAUUAAUUGUUGUAAUAUAUUUAUAUUUAUACCUACAAUAUACAUGUGUGACAAUGGAGCUCCCAAUUUGUCCUGGAUUUUUCAAAGAUUGCUGCCCGGAUUUCAAAUGGGACGAAACAAAGGAAUCGUGUGUAGAGUGUUUACCGGGAUUCGCUGGAGUCAACUGUUCAACAAAGUGUAAAUAUCCAUACUUUGGAAAAAAAUGUGGCCAACGUUGUACUUGCAGCAACACCACUUGUGACCACGUGACGGGAUGCCCUAUCAUUGAGUGCUUACUGGGCUUCACUGGAGUCAACUGCUCAACAAAAUGCGAAUACCCAUAUUUUGGAAAAAGGUGUGGCCAAAAUUGUACUUGCAGCAACACCACUUGUGACCACGUGACGGGAUGUCCUAUCAAUGAGUGUUUACCGGGAUUCGCUGGAGUCAACUGUUCAACAAAGUGUAAAUAUCCAUAUUUUGGAAAAAGGUGUGGCCAAAAUUGUACUUGCAGCAACACCAUUUGUGACCACGUGACGGGAUGCCCUAUCAUUGAGAAUGGAAUCUAUCACAUAAAACUAAACAAGCUGCAUAUAUCCGUCAUCCUCUGUGGAAGUGUUCUGGGAAUAGUUCUCGUUGCCUUCAUAGUCUUUACAUCCGUGAACAAAUGUUCCUCAGGACUCAGGAGAAACAGGGAUGGAAAUGAAACAACACAUUAUGCAACAGUACAAGAAAUGAUUACUUUAAACUUCCAUGGCAACCACAUCAACGAUUAAUGACGAUAUUGACAUACAAGAUUCUGAGUUACAGUUUUGCAUCAAUGUUUACAGUUUAUAUACAUUUCAGUAGACUGCAAGAUGCACCGUACAUUAUUUAUAUGCCUCUCAGACCAUUGAAGGAAAGUAACAUUGUGUACUACCAGUUCAAAAGAGAAUGCAUGUACUGAUAUAGAAAUAAAUCGAUUGACAUACAUGCAUGCAAUGGUCAACUACGAACCCUAAGUAUUAGUCAUUGCGUGGACCCUGAGGUCCACAAGGAAUAUAUAAGCAGAGAUAUAGCAUAUAUACUCAUAAAUUAACCGAUUUUGACAAUAAACUCCGAAACCCUU